GCUGUAUCCAGUCGUGUAGAUAGGGGCGUCGCAGUGCAUGCUGGGUCUGUCUGUGAGUUCUGCACUGAACACUUAAAGAGUGAAUGGACCUGGCGGUGGCAAUCUGAACGGGGCAAGCAGAUCACACCGCGCUUCCCACAGCAACAUCUCGGGCAACCCUUCGAUUACUUCAGUUCUGUUUUCUUUUGGGGUUUCCUUGUAGCCGGACCAGCCGAAUCAGGGCGAUGCUAGCGCUUCCCGAAGAUAGAUCUUGUGAGAUUUACAGCAUAUCAAGUUAUCUGCACUGUGGCACUGCUAGCAGCGUACCUGAACAGACCUAUCAUAUUGCAGGACUUCAUAAAGAAGGCUCGAGGGCCGCUCGCCCGCGGUCCCCCCCCUCCGUCGCUCAGUCAGCGCACGGAGGCUGCCAGUGCCCACCGGAGUGCUGCUUCCUCAGACUGGCCGGGAAAAAACUGCCCUGGAAAAGAUGGCUUCCUGGAACCCUGCCUGUAGUCCCUGUGACUGCUGCUGUAAUCAUCCUAGCCCUGUGUUACUGUUUGUCUCCGGCCACCUCUGUUUUCUACCUGGGUGGAAGUGUGGAGAUCGCUAACAUGUCCUUCAGCAGUGAGCUGGCAGAGCCCACAUCCACGCAGUUCCUCCUUCAAGCCACAGCAGUUGAAAACGAUUUCUCAAAGCUAUAUGAGUCCUCUGCCUGGGGAGCAUAUCACUUGAAAUCUGUGGUGACUGCGUUUAGCGAAGGAGAAGAAGGAGGAGUGAGAGCCUUUUACUGGAGUAAGUUCUCUGCUCCGGUUGGCAUUGCACAGCAGAUCAAAAAGGACAGACCCUCCAACCUGCGACGAGUCAGUGGCACAAAACCCCACAUGAAUUUCAGUCCCCGCGAGGAGGUGUACUCCUUAGAUGAGGACCUCGACACAGUUGAAUUGUUUGCUUCAGACUCUGAGGAGUAUGAUCUCGGAGUGAAAUCAGGUAAAAUAAAUCACCCAAACAAAGAGCAAAAUAUAAAAUGGCAAUUGGGGUUCCAAGCAAUAUCAUUUGACCUUUACGCUAAAUAUGGUAAUAACCGGACCCUGACGCUGACCAGUCCCAAGAAGCCCUAUUACCAGUGGAGGCUGCGGGUCCCUUCGGGGCACGUGGUGCGACUGGUUAUCCUGACCCUACAUGGGGCGUCUCCUGGAAACUGUGGAGCCCACAAACUCUCUGCCUACGACUUCUUAUUACCUCUGCAGAACAAGAUCAUUGCAAGGUGGUGUGGGCUUCCGGUGACAUGGACCCCUCCCGUGAUUAAACUAACUUCCUCUGGUAAUGUGAUGCUCGUCACCUUCUCUUUCAACAGACAGAGGGAAAGUGCUCUGUUCAAGGCAUAUUUCCAAGCUGUCCCCAAAAUAGGCUGCGGAGGGAGCUCCACCUCCUGGAAUGGGACCCUGGCUUCUCCAUACUACCCCAGCCACUACCCUCCCAAUGUGGACUGCAGCUGGACUUUAAAGGCUCCUCUGCCGGGUUACCUGCUCUCCCUCACAGUGGUGGCGCUGGAUAUUCAGGAAUCUCCCGUCUCAAACACCUGUGACAAAGACUGGCUGGAGAUUAAUGGCAUCAGACUGUGCAGUCCUAUCGCUGAAAGCAGCAGGAAACGAGUGUAUUCGUCCCCUGUUACACUGCACUUCCAUUCCGAUGAGUCUGUCACACGCAAAGGGUUCUACAUACUGUACCGAGCCUUCAGCUAUGAAGACCCUUGUCCCAAACAGUUCCAGUGCAAAGACAGCACCUGCAUCCCUGUGAAGAACCGCUGUGACGGGUGGAAAGACUGUGCCGACGGCAGUGAUGAGGCAAAAUGCGAUAUAUGCAGCCCAGGUGAAUUUAACUGUGGAAACGGCCAAUGCAGACCCCAUGCAGGGCUUUGCAAUGCACAGAGUGACUGUGGAGACAGCAGUGAAGAGGCAGACUGCGCCGCAGCGGAAGAAUGUUUCUUCCACUGUCCUCAUGGGAUCUGUAUCCCCCAGUCUGCUGUCUGUGACGGGGUAACUGACUGCAAAGACCGCAGCGAUGAGAUCAACUGCACCAGAGCAAUUCAAAAAAAAUGUUCUCCAUCUUCCUACAAGUGUCGUGAUGGGAAGUGCGUCAGCAAACUGAACCCGGAGUGCGACGGGAGGAAAGACUGCUCCGACGGGUCCGACGAAGUUGGCUGCGGAUGUGGAACGAGGCCGACAAAGAAAAGCAAGAUAGUGGGUGGUGAGGAUGCACGAAGCGGGGAGUGGCCCUGGCAAGUGAGUCUUCAGAUGGGGAGAUACGGGCACAUCUGUGGGGCCUCCGUCAUUGCCAGCCGCUGGCUCCUCUCCGCUGCACACUGCUUUCAGGACUCCGACUCUAUCAGGUAUUCGGACAGCUCGUCUUGGAAGGCCUACAUAGGAAUGAGGAUAAUAAACAUCAUAAGCAGUUCUGUCGUGACGAGGCAGGUGAAACGCAUUGUGGUCCACCCCCAGUAUGACCAGUAUACCUCGGACUAUGACAUCGCCCUUCUGGAGCUGAGCGCCUCUGUGCUCUUCAACGAGUUCAUCCAGCCUGCGUGUGUACCGGCCCGCUCGCACUUCUUCAGUACUGAGACCUCCUGCUUCGUCACCGGCUGGGGGGUCCUUGUGGAAGACGGUGAGAUAUCUUCAGUUCUACAGGAAGCCACUGUGAAAAUAAUCAGCCACAACACCUGCAACAAGUUCUAUGACGAUGCUGUUACCUCCAGGAUGCUGUGUGCUGGGAAUCUGCACGGAGGGGUGGAUGCAUGUCAGGGAGACUCGGGGGGGCCCCUGGUGUGUCUAGAGAAGGGGAGGAGGUGGUUCCUGGCUGGCAUUGUCAGCUGGGGAGAAGGAUGUGCCCGGAGAAACCGCCCGGGUGUCUACACACAAGUAGUGCAUUUCUCAGACUGGAUCCGACAACACAUCAACUGAGGCCGAUGAAGGACGGGGGUGAAACCCAUCUCAUUUUAAACAGGACUGUUUUUGUAGCUGUGAUGUUUCCCCUUGUUUACUCAGGAUCCCAGCAGAAGCCCUUUGCUGACAGCACAAGGAGAGAAGCUCAAGGAUGGGAGUGUACCCGCUACAGUGCAUUGCGCGUACAUUAAGGGCACGUUCUGGAUUCAUUUUGCUGGCUGGGAUCCCCUGCGUUGGUUGGUAACAGAACUAAAUGAACCAGUUUCUGUUUUUUCUUAAACAAUGGGUUAUGUUAACCCAGCAGGACCGUGGAUAGUUGUACAAUUGGAAAUGGGGUGGGUCUUUCAGAUAUCAUUCGAAUCACGCUGCGAUUUCAAUUGGGUCUGUGCUUCUGUAGUGUGUAAGUGUAGGUAUCCACGCUCUUACAUUCAGCAAUAAUGGGACACGUAUUAAAACUGAGUGUCAUUGCAAAGUCUGCAUCUUAUUUAAAAACAAUGAUAGUAAAACAGUUACAAACCUAGUAUGAGCCAUUUUUGUGUGCACAUAAGAGCAAUAAAUAUGUAUUAUUAUUAUUGUUGUUAUUUUUUUUAAAGAUUAACCAACAAAAUACACUGAGGCAUCUAUUUUGAAGAAUGCCAAAGGUACAUUUUGAUUAAUGAAAUAAUUUUUAUGGAAUAAACCAAACAAGAAACGGCUCAGUUAUUGAAAUGAAAAACGUUCUUAUUUUGCACAAUGUUUUGUAAUAGCCUAUUACUUCAUCAGAUUUCUAAGGCAAUCGAUACUCAUUAAAUAAAUGUUUAAUUGUGAAAUUGCAGACUCUGCGAUGGUUCAGGAGCUGCACACGUGUCUGGUUUGGGUUAUUUGGGUGUGGGAUGGUAGUAAAGACACACACCUUGUUGUGAGCUGGUUCCAGUCCGUGCUGGCCACCCCAUUCACAGCACAUGCUCUUCAUGCGUUAUUCCUGUUACUGGCUUGCUAGUUUACACACUCGUAUUAUAUGAAACAGUUCUGUUAACUGGGGUGUAAUGUAAAACAAAUGAAGCAAUGAUAGAGAACACAGAAUCCAGGGCCGUGUCCAGUGUGGUGU